AUCUUGUACGCACUGGGGUACAGAGCAGGGCAGAAAAUAUUUAAAAAUCCGUGCCUACGGCUAAGUGCUUGCCUAGCACGCACAAAGUCCUGGGUUUCAUUCCUAGCAAUGUAUAAACCGGGUGUGCUGGUGCACGCCUUUAAUCUCAUUACUCAGGAGAUGAAGGCAGGAGGAAAAGUUCAAGAUCAUUCUUAAUUAUAGACAUUGUGUGCUCCCUCCCCCUACAACGGGAAUCCAAAAUCCAAGCCCAGAGCAACUUAUAUCGGGGCACUCAAUUAGCCAGCCAUCAUAUUUCAUUUGGUCCUUUGCAAGCUGGGAAGUGAGGACCACCCAGUUUGGCAGAGAAGGAUACUGAGGAUUACGUGAGGCUGAGAUCACUAGGAUCAUUAGUGGGCGUGAGGAUUAGCAUUCUAACCCAGGCCUGAGCUGUGAAUCAAUCAAACCGAAGCCAUUCAUCCAAUCACCAUAAACUGCCGGCGUGGAGUUACUAUGCAGGUCAGACGCCGAGCGGGGUUUGCGGAGUGCGGACGACUCGCGAGGGCCCUCUGUGCAAGUCGCGGGAUUUUGGCGCGCUCUUUUUGUUGGUUGGGUGUUCUCGCCGGUGAUUGGUUCCGGGCUGUCGCGGCUGCUGGGUCGACCUCGGUUGUACAGAGGCGGCGCAGCCUUCGGCUGGCCUCCUGGGGGAUGGGCCACCAGGAAUCUCCACUGACCAGAGCUGCGGCAGGAGGUGCAGCUUACAUAAAGAGGUUACGUAAAGCGCUCAGCUGGCGCGAACUCGAGGACGGACACGGGAAUCUGGAAGCCGAGGCCUCCCCCGGGAGCGUUGCUGUCACUCCAGGAGCAGCGCCGCGACCGGCAUCACGUCCCGCCCGGUUCACCGCCUCGCGCCCUACUCGGCUCGGCAGACAACCCCGGCUCGGAACGGACCAUCCUCCGGUGCGGGCUCCAGGGGGGAACCGGUCCGCCCGGAAGUGGAGGAGCGCCGGCCAGAUCACAAUCCAAGGUACCGCUCCUCCGCAUCUCGGGGCUAGACGGAGGGAUGAGGCAGGGGGGGCCCGGGCGGCGCCGUUGCUGCUCCCCCCGCCUCCCGCAGCCAUGGAAACGGGGAAGGAGAACGGAGCCCGCAGAGGGACAAAAAGCCCGGAGCGGAAAAGGCGAAGCCCAGUGCAGCGGGUGCUUUGCGCGAAGCUGAGGCCGGCGGCCCAGGCCAUGGAUCCCGCUAUGGUCGAGGCCCCGGGCGAGGCCUUCCUGGCCCGGCGGCGGCCAGAGGGAGGCGGCGGUGGUGGUCCCGCGCGACCGCGCUACAGCCUCUUAGCGGAGAUCGGGCGCGGCAGCUACGGUGUGGUUUAUGAGGCUGUGGCUGGACGUAGUGGGGCCAGGGUGGCAGUCAAGAAGAUCCGCUGCGACGCCCCCGAGAACGUGGAAUUGGCGCUAGCAGAAUUCUGGGCCCUGACCAGUCUCAAGCGCCGGCACCAGAAUAUCGUGCAGUUUGAGGAGUGCGUCCUGCAGCGCAACGGGUUAGCCCAGCGCAUGAGUCACGGCAACAAGAACUCACAGCUGUACCUGCGCCUGGUGGAGACUUCACUCAAAGGAGAAAGGAUCCUGGGCUAUGCUGAGGAGCCCUGCUAUCUCUGGUUUGUCAUGGAGUACUGUGAAGGUGGAGACCUCAAUCAGUAUGUCCUGUCCCGGAGACCAGACCCAGCCACCAACAAAAGCUUCAUGCUACAGCUUACAAGCGCUAUUGCCUUCCUGCACAAAAACCACAUCGUGCACAGGGACUUAAAGCCAGACAACAUCCUCAUCACAGAACGGUCUGGCACCCCCAUCCUCAAGGUAGCAGACUUUGGACUGAGCAAGGUCUGUGCAGGGCUGGCACCUCGAGGCAAAGAGGGCAAUCAAGAUAACAAAAAUGUGAAUGUGAAUAAGUACUGGCUGUCCUCAGCUUGUGGCUCAGACUUCUACAUGGCUCCUGAAGUCUGGGAGGGACACUAUACAGCCAAGGCGGACAUCUUUGCCCUGGGCAUUAUCAUCUGGGCAAUGAUAGAAAGAAUUACUUUUAUUGACUCUGAAACCAAGAAGGAGCUCCUGGGGACCUACAUUAAACAAGGGACUGAGAUCGUCCCUGUUGGUGAGGCGCUGCUAGAAAACCCAAAGAUGGAGUUGCAUAUCCCCCAGAAACGUAGGACUUCCAUGUCUGAGGGUGUGAAGCAGCUCUUGAAAGACAUGUUAGCUGCUAACCCACAGGACCGACCUGAUGCUUUUGAACUUGAAACCCGAAUGGACCAGGUCACAUGUGCUGCUUAACUCCAGGGCUGAACGUCUUGGUGUUUUAAACUAGGUCGAUCCUUCGGGACCCACAGUCUCAUCAUGUCUCGGACAGGAUGGCAGAGGGUACAGGUGGUGGCGAUCUCCUGACAGCUGGACCUCCCACAAUGUGAAGCUUUUGCUUGGGUUUCCCACGCUGCCCUUUUGUUUUUCCUUUAUUAUAAUAAUAAUAAUUAUUUUUUUAAACAUUAAACCAUCAAGACUUCUGAAGAGCAGAAGGCUACAUUCUGGACAGGCACCUUUUUAUUGUUUGGGUUUUUGUUUCAUUUUGUUUUUAAGAACAUUGAAUGUGGGCAAAGCUUAUGCAUAUAUUCACUGUUAGUCCGUUAAUUUCUUAAGUUAGGAAGCAAUUUUGGUUUUCUCUUUCAUGUUCUGUUUCUUUCGUACACAUCUUUCAGUUGCGCUCUGGCAUCCCAUUUCCCAAAGAACGUCUCUCUGCCCAGAGUUUGUUUCUCCUGCCAAGGGAUACGAAGAUCUAAGGAAGCAGCCUCUGAGUUACUUCCCUGCCAGCCGUGGGAGCUCUUGGACUCCUUGGGUGUGUUGGUCCUGGCCAGCCCUCAGGCCUCAGUCAGGAUCAGAAAUGAAGAACCUCUCAGAAGAGGAAGACCAGGGUUUGCCAGAAGUACUCUUAAAGAAGACCUAAAGCGUGGGUUUGGUUCUUUCCAAGUUCUUGGGAGCCCCAGGUCAUGCCAUGACUCACUGUAGUUGGAAUUGCUUCCUUCUGUCCUUUCCAACCGGUCUUCCUGAGGAAGGAGACCAAGAGUGAUGACCCCAUCACUUGGGGAUAAAGACACCCCAGCCCACUUGCACACGCCUAUCUUCUAUUAGGACUGUUGUGCCAACUCUCUGUUAGACUUGGUCUUCCUUGGCCUCUUGUCACUGCAAUGAGGCCAUUACUUUUUUACCUUCUGCCUCCUGGAUUAUCUUCCCAGUGUGCUGCAAGUCCAGCUUGUCACAGAGACUACCUGGCCCCAAAGUCCAGUUUUGACCAUUGCAGAUUACCCUCGAAUGGCUGCUGCCAUCAUUUCCUCGCAGUAAAAGGUGUGCCCUGUGUACCAGGAUCCAUGGUGUCACUCACCACUGGGUGAUACUGUCAAGCGCCAUCUCUUACCCCCAGGGACUUCAUGUUAGGUGAUCAAACUCUUUGAAACUGUUGUCUGUUGAAAGAGAAAGGACCUGCCUUGAAUAGGGAGGUAUGAGGCAGACAGGGAUGCCCAUGUGGCUAGCAGAGGGCCCAUAUAGCAGCUAGCCAUCUUAAAGCAUCCCCAACCUAGAUCCCUGUGACUCUGCUGCCUCUGUUUGCAUAGUCUUUCACUCUUAACUCCCUUGCAGUGUUCUUAUAGCCUCCUGAGGGAAGAUAACCUUCAGCUCCUUCUUGAUGGACCCCAUCAUUCUCUCGGCUGCAUCCCUCUACUUGGAUGCACCUUUGGUUGCUCCAGUACUUUCUCAGCUUUUUCACCCUGGCCACAUGGGAUGGGGUCUCUGGAUAAGGAAAGAAGGUAUCUAUGUGUUCAUUUUGUUCAUUCUUCCUAAACUAGCAUAGGAUGGAUAGGGAAAUGAGAGGCCAAGGGGAGCUUUUCUUUGAGCAGCUGUAGUGUGGGGAAGGCCAGAGCAACACUGAACCCUGCUUAGCUCUGUCCACUAACACUUUCCAGCCUUCUCUCAGGCAACUCAGCACCAAAGUUUCUUUCUCCUCUUGGCCAGAGGUCAGCUGCUGUUCCUGUUAUUCGCGGCUGCAGACCCAUGGGUACGCAGCUGCAGCUCGUAAUGCAGGCUCUCACCUCGCUGCACUGUGGUAGCAUCUUGUCUUCUUGAGUUGUUAAGCGGCCUCCUGAGCUUAAUCAGAGUGGCACCUGGGAGGGGGCUGGGAACAGCAGCAUCCCCUAAUUGCAAAGUACAUUCCAUUUCUGUUCCACCCUCCUCUCUUCCUCUGGGUGCUGCUGUCUCUUUGUGCCUGAGCAGAUGGGAAAAGCAGUCUCUGAGCUCAGUACCCCACUCUCCGUGCUAUAGUCCUGCUGGGUUCCUGGUAAAGGAUCAGGCCUAGCAAAUCACUAUAUACCUACAUUUUUCUCUUCUCCAUCUCUUCGCUCUCUGCAAUCAAGACUUUCCCAUCAUACUUUUCUUUGACACAUAUGGGGUGUCAAAGUAGCCCCAUAGGUUGCAGGUGGGUAGCCUGGUGAGGGGUAGCCUGUUUCCCUGCACCUUGUCUUCCAUGACUCCCAGCUGGUUCUGGCCUGGUGAUUGCACCUCUAUCUCUGGCUCAGAUGAGAGCCAAGUCUUGAGCCCCAAGUGCCUGUUCCUGUGUUCUUCCCUCCCUGUCCUGCAAUCUAUGCUAUCACCUGCCAGCCGAAUAGAUGGACACUGGCCCGGUGACAUAUUUGCUGUGCAAUGGCCAGUGAGUCAGCCCCUGGUGGGCUCUGUAGUCUUCUCUAAGCUCAGCUGCCUGUCCCUCUUGGGAAUCAGCAUCCUUCUCUGUUAUUUCCGCUCUGCCUUUAUAUGGGUUGCAGGCCUGCCGGUAGCUCUGUGGAGCAUCAUCUCAGGUGCCUCCAGUUUGCUAGACCUGCUCACCUUCUAGACGUGUGCAGAACUCCUAACAUUUGUCAUUUUCUUGGGUGUGAGGAUUGCUGUUGGGAGACUGGCCUGGCCUGAGUUCUCUGCACUCAGAGCUCAGCUCCCUGUGCCUGAAGGGAGUCAUCAGGACAGAUCAUAGUGCCUUAUUCCAUUGUCCUCCCUGUCCAGACUCUGCCAGAGCAGGUGGCUGUCUUCUGUGUUCAUUUGUCACUGGUACUCAUAAUCUCCCACUUGUAUAUAGCCACAGGGAAGGAAGACUCUGAGCCCCCACCCACCUCCUGUGGGCUGUAGCCAGACACACCUCCCUCUUGCCUCUGUGGCCCUCACAGCAGCUCUAGACCAGGACCAAAUGCUGCUGCCCACAUAUGCACACUGCCUUUGUUCCUCCCUGUUCUUACCUCUAGCCAGAAAGACACUGACUGCACCAUCCAAACUGGCUCCAGCUAACCCCCUCCUGGUCACAGGAGACUAAGGUUCAGGCUUUAGCCUCACCUAGCUCUAGCGCAUUGGGGCAGGGAGUAGGAACUCUGUUCCCACCUUGUAGAGUUUGCCCUUUGACUGCCUGAGGGAUGUUUUAAUGUUUACUUAAAGAAAUACCCUGUUUACAGCUGGAGAAGUGCACCAACACUAGGUGAAGAUCUGACUCUGGAGAGGGCCUGGCCUCCUUUGUGGCACUGCCAGUGGGAGCUCCAGUGGCAGUGAAGGCAGACAGACACCUGAGUGAGCAGAGGCCCUUGACUCGCUUCCUGACCCCGUGGUGCUAAGACCACUUCCUCACCUUGCCCCAAUAGUUCCCACCUCCAUCCUUCCUUCCUCCAAGAUUCUCAGCUCUUUAACAUAUCACUAUUUUAGAAAAACAGUGUUUGCAGCAAUAAGGUUAUUGUUUUUGCGUGAAUAUUUUUCCAAGAAGAGGAAAAGAGCAUUGUGGAAAUCUGUUUAUGCUAUUAGCUGUUUCCUGCUUGAGAAGACAGCUUAAAAGGAUGUGGAUUAAACGUGGGUUUUAACCUUUAGAUAUCUUUUGGAAUCUUGGGAAGAGUGAGAGAGUGUCUGACUGCUAUCCUCCCAGGAGGGGAAUGUUCCUACCCUGCCUUACUCCGUUGUCCCUCCCAACCCUGUUGUCCCUCCCAACCCUGCUCACUGUGAGCUCUUUCCACCUUGUCUCUUCCUUGUGUGCCCCUCUUCCACAUCUGGGGACACAGUGGCUUCACUCCCGGUGGAUCUUUGGGUUAUCCCUCCCCUUGACUGGCAUCUUCUUCCCUGUCUGGCAGCUCCAGACAACUGUUGGAGUCUACCUCAGAAUUGGCUGAGCUUGGUUCCUCAGCUCUCCAGGCCAGCAGACAGCAGACUGAUUUCUGAGCUCGUCAUACAGCCUUCAGGUCUGCAGAGGUCUGGAGCCUUGUCUGGAAACAUGCUCUGGGAGGGGAACCCGGCAGUAGGGACUCUAUGGCAGUGGCUGAUGUCAGCAUCCACAGCCAUCACUGAGGGACAAGUCUACUGCCAUUGGUUGCCUAGGGGUCCUAGGGGUCCCUAGGAUUAGGGAGAGUACCGGAGGAGUGAGCCUUUUUUUUUUUUUUUUUUUUUUUUUUUUAAAUCAGAUGAGAUCAUAGGAAGAAGGAAACCUACUUAGGGAAUAUUUAAAAAAAAAAAAAAAAUGACACCCCAAAGGCUGCCUGCCAUCAAACCUGGAGGAUAUUUCAGUUACUCAUAAUGCUCACAUGGAUCAGACUUGGUUUUGAGGUUGAAAGCCAGGCACAAGGUCAGUUUCAAAUACUAGUUAAUCUAAUUUUCCCUUUCUUUUUUUUUUCUUUUCUUGUUUUUUUUUUUUGUUUUUUUUUUGUUUUUUUGGUUUUUUUUUUUUUUUUUUUUGCACAGAAGCUGGUAAUAUAGGACCUAUGUGUGAACAACUUUAUAUGGACAUUUUUUGUACUUGGCUUACUUGGGUUGGUAUGAUACAUUAUAUUUAAGUUCUUUGAACACUGUGGAUCCCCCUAAUGUGUAUGAAUGACUGAAGCUUUGUAAAUUAAGGGACGUUUGUGUGAAUAAAGUUAUUUGAUGGGAUCAA